AUGCAGUCUUUGAAAACAUUUAUUCACCACUCACAAUGUAUCAAUUAUUUUCAAAAUUACGCUUAUGUUACCCUAAUUUACGAUCAUUUUCAACUUAAUAAUCAUUCUAAUCUUGACAUAAUUUUUGAACCAGAACGUACAAUAAUUAAAGAAACCAAUUCUCCAACAUUAUCCAAUAUCACCAAUCAAAAAACUUUAAUUAUUGAAAUAUACCACCCAAAAACAAGUUCUAUUAAUAAUUCUUUUUCAAUAUCCAAUAAUAAUGUUGUGAUUUUAUUAAGAAAACUUGAUGAGGGUUUGGAAUGGUCAUCAUUAAAGUUUAAAUAUUAUCUGGAUGGGGAUAUGAAUGAAGAGGAAGAAAAAUGGUUUCUCACAAAUGAAAAUGUAAGAAAAUGCUCUGAGCUUGUAGAGAGACAAUCAAAUUGGUCCAAAGCUUCAUUAUCACCCGAAAUAGUAUCAACACAAGCUAUAAGAGAUAAAGAUGGGUUAAUUGUACGAAUUAAAAGUAAGCAACAACCUUCAAUUACUGGCGAAUCAUCAUUUUGUGGUAAUAAAGUGGAUCAAAUGAAAAAUAUCAAUCCACAAGAUCAAACAUAG